AUGGCACCAAACGAAGCAGAAUUCCUGUCAAGCGGAUAUGAGCUGGAGCAACUAUCACCCAAAGGCGUCAAAGAUAUAAGGAAGGUGUUUGAGCAGGGCAAUUCAACAUCGACUCCCAACUACAAAUCCAUGACGAACACCAGCAAUUCACCAGCAUUCUCGAAUCCUUCCACGCCACGUUCGAGUGUGAAUCUUCCAAGAAACGCACCUGGAAGGCCCUCAAAGCCCGCCAAGUUUAAGAGCAAGCCUCAUAUGCCACCGUCUGUCCCACCUCCCUCUAUUCCACCUCGUUCUUUUCCACCGCCGCCUCCACCUUGUCGUCCGCGUCCACCGCCGCCUCUACCUUGCCGUCCGCGUUCAUUGCCCGAUCAUUCUAGCGCUUCCGACACGCGCUCCGCGUCAGUCUCAUCGCUAGGGACUCAAGAUCCUCCCCCCACUCUUGAACCUAUUCAACGACCUUCCAACCGAUUCAGCAGCAUCUUCAAGUCCGGCCCUCUCUGCAGGGUGUGCACCAAGAUCAAUUUCAGUCAAUUUGACCCGAAUACCAUCUCCUCGAACCAAGAUGGCGAACAAUACUCUAUUGAACUGAAGCAUCUUCUCAAGGAGCGAAAGACAUGCAGCUUCUGCGGGUUACUCUUCCAGGCCCUUUGCCUGCCCGAAAAUGACCCCUUGCGUGAUAAAGAUCUGCAGACAACCAUCAAGGAGGAUAAGAGCUUCCCCCAGAACGAUCAAGUCAACUUCGAAACAUGGGCCCAGGUGCGCGAGAAUAUAUGGAGCACGAAGAAUAAUGCAUUCCUCAUCAAGAAGGACUCUCGUUGGCCGUUUGGUGGGCACACAAAAGAUAGCUUCGAGAUGCAAGCACGGAUGAAAAUCACCAAGAAGACUAAGAAAAACAAGAUUAAAGCCUUCGAAGAGUCGAAUACGGAGACGGAUGUUGAUUCUAAUGCUGAGAUGGAGAUCAAACGCAACGUCGAAAUUUCGACCAACGUCGAGUUUCAGGAAUCACACGGCCUGGACAUCAAUUCCCGAGUAGUCGGCGAAGGGGCCAAGAAAGCCUUUCGAGUGGCCGAGGAGUUCGACAAUAAUGAAGAACGCACACGAUGGUACACGUUCAUCCGCGAGAUGAUCCCAGACCCAGCCUUCUUCAACGAGAUGGAGAAGAAGAAAGUUCCCGCCGCACUCUGGAUAAUUGUGUAUGGCGCGUCGCACAAAAACUCGGGAGUCAUGGAAGUCACUGUUUUCGGCUGCAGUAAGCGUAUCACCCACGUCUUGAAGACGCUGAGCCACUUUCGACUCCGUGUUGCCUCGCCAGAGGUCUACACGGAAGACCAGAGUCUCCGCUACGGCAAGAUUAUCAACAAGACCAAGAUUGAUAUGGAGCUUUGUCGGAAAUGGGUGGAUCACUGCCGGAAUAAACAUGGGGAUACAUGCAACAAACCCAAAUGGUCAAAGACCCUUCAGAGGCCGACGGGAACCGACUUCAGGCUCAUCGACGUGUUAAAGAUGGCAAUUGUUGAGCCGAAUAAGAUGACAACUCAAUACAGCUACGCCGCUUUGUCAUAUGUCUGGGGACCUGAACAGCACUCGAAGGGCAUUGAGUGUUUGAAAAGCACCAACAAAUCUGACCUCUUCAAGCCUAUGAGUCUCAGUGGUAAACGUGUUGGGAACGUCAUUGCGGAUGCAAUGGAGAUUACACGCAAGCUUGGACUGCGCUAUCUUUGGGCCGAUCGUCUUUGCAUCCUACAGCAUCAACAGAACGACAAGGAAGAACAACUACAGCAAAUGGAUCGAAUUUACGGCAGCGCUGUGGUCACCAUCGCCGCUGCGUCUUGUAAUCAUCUCGAUGAGCCUAUCGUCGGUGUCACCACAGAGCGUUCCGUCACCCAACUCGCCGAGCAAGUAACAGCGGACCCUCAGAUCAAUGUACUCGUGCCUUGUAAACGCAAUACAAGUUUGAGACCGUGGUCGACAAGGGCCUGGACUCUGCAGGAGAAAUUGCUGUCUAAACGACUUCUCGUCUUCCACGACGGGAUGGUUGACUUCUACUGCUCUUGUGGCGUUUCUUACGAGGACAUGGCGGCCGAUGACUCCUGCAUUAGCAAACCGCCCCCUCUUGUCGGGUUGUCCGUUGGGCGUCUCGUUUCGUUGACGACACCCGGGCUGCGACUACUACGCUCGCCUGUCUUUGCACAGUACACGUCUUUGAUCGAGCAGUACACGCCGCGGAAGAUGUCAACGACGUCGGAUGCUAUAAACGCUAUAUCAGGCAUGCUUCAAAUUCUCAUCACCAACCAGCAGGACUCGCAGCGAAAGACGCCACCGCUGAGCGGUCUCCCCGAGGAGUUCUUGGACCAGGCGUUGCACUGGCAACCGGCGGCGGGCGAGAACGUCCGCCUCAAGCUACGAGUAACCUCGAACAACUCUGGUAAUACGAGGUUCAUGUUCCCGAGUUGGUCAUGGGCCGCAUGGACAGCCGUUGAAGAUACUGAAGGAUGUGAUGGGGGCGUGCGCUACGAAGCACCGUUUAGAGCCCAGACUGAUGACGAUGGAGGACUGAAGAAAGUUGUUCCAGAUGAAGGAGACAAAGCAGAAGAAUUUAUGAGACCGCUAUUGAAGUGGUACGUGGUGGAUCGGGUUUUUCCUAAUCAGACUCACCCACGCCUUCGACCUUUGAACAAGACUGGCCUCGGCCUCGCCUUGAACAACGACGUCGAUAUCAAAGAGUGGAACAUAUUGGUCAGCGCGGCUACGGGCAACCUAAACUGUAGCAUGCCCUCCCUUGACAACAGCAUAACUAGGCUGCUAACGGACCAACACCUCGUCUUCAGGACGAAAAUCGCCCAGUUCCGCCUCGGGAAGACACGCAUCAGGACCGAUACUACCUGGAAGCGAAACGACACCGGAAAGCUCAUCGUAUCCUCACAGCUCAAGAUACGCGAGACUCCCAUCAUGGGAGGUGGUAUCGAGGUCGGCCGGGUCUGGCUCCCGGACCCGGACGGACACACGCCGGGCCAGCUGCUCUAUGACUUUGCCCUCAUUUCCGAGGCGCAGUACUUUGGCGACGAGGACUGUGUCGAUUUUACGGACUAUCCGCUCUUCAAUGUCAUGCUUCUGAGCCGGGAAGAUGGAGGGCGGCCAUUUGCUCGACGCGAGGCGAUGGGAAGGCUCACCAAGAAAGCGUGGCGGCUUGUACCAAGUAGAGAGGAGGUUGUUGUUUUGGGAUAG